ACAAAAAUACCCAAAAUGGAGUUGUUCAAGAAAGGAGUUAAAUUUGUUAGUACCUUAUCCCUCAGUGUCAAUCAGAAAUUGCUGAACACCUUAAUCUAUGAUGGUGAUGAUAUCCUUGAGGAGAAAAAACAUUAUGAAAGAAUCUAUGAAAUUAUCCAGGAAGUAAAUAAUGAUGAAACAAUGAUGAAUAUGAUUCUAAAGAAAUUGCAAGACUUUUCUGGCAACUGAAACUAUAUCUUCAAAAUUCUUACCCUCAUUAUAAGAAUCACUGAGAAUUUUUCGGAUGAUCUGGACGUCUUGCAGCCUUUAUAUGGCAAUAUCCCGAUCCCAACGUUAAUUAAGGAUAUGAGUGAGUACAAGUACGACAUCAAGAAGAGAGUGGCUUCGUGAACAUCCAGAAUUCUCGAUAAUCACUUGAAACUUCUGCUUUCUAGCGAGUCAGAAGAUACAACUUUUCAGAAAGUAAGAAGACUCAGCCUAGCUAUCAAGUAUUCCAAUGAAAUCUUCUUUCAUGGUCACAAGAUUGUUGGAAUGAUAGAAAGCGUGGUCGAAUGUGACGACUUACUUGAUAAUGAGGCAUUUAUGACAUGUUUUAUGUUCUCAAUGCAGCAGACAAUCAUUGCAUACCAGACUAUAUUAGAUUAUUCCGCGAUGAUUGCCUCAUUCGCUACCAUAGAAUACAAUCUUCUGGACCUUAAUGAUAUUGACACCUGGAAUGAUAUUUUGAAUUCCUUAGAGAAGCUAGACGAGCUUGCCAGUAACUUCCUGUUGAAACUAAACAUGUAUAACUAUUUCCUGAAGAACUACAACAUCUACGAGGACGAUUUCUUGGAUAAUAUUAAACAAUAUGGCAGCAAGAGAGCCAAAGAACUCUUAUCCUCCAGGCCCUACACUAGCUUGGAAAUAAUCCCUGGAGGAGAGGAUGUAGAGGAACUAGACCUUCCUGGUCUAGAUGAAGAGGUUAAGGAACAGACCACCGAAUAUAAAAUCUUAGAUUGUGACUGAAUCUUAGAGUAGUGCUGAGCUCUCUUUUGAGUAAUUGAAAUAUGUAAGGUUUAUCAACCCAAAAACAAAGCGGAGUUGCUUUGCUAUUACUUUGGCUAGGAAUUACCAGUCCCAAGCAUUGAAAUUCAAGCAAGUUUUAUUACAAAACGUAUGCCUUGUUAUAAUCAUCACAUAGUUAGAAGGAUCUUUAUUAUUCCCAAGUUUGUUGAAAUUAAUCUAUAGUUGUGUUAAUAAAUUCUGGCCUGAUCUUGAUCAUUAUAAGAAGCCCAGUUUCUGAUGAAAAUUUUAACCAUUACUUAGAUUUCAACUAUUUCCCACAUUUUUAUGGAGUUCAAUAGAUGUGGCUUUGAUGAAAUAUCGAAUUAAGACCACAUACAAUUAAAAACAAAUGAGCGCUAUUAUGAAAUCUUAAAGAUUCUAAACCGAUUUGCGCACUGUACUAUGCAUAUUCUCAUAAAUCUCUUCACUUAGUGCAGACAAGAUCUAGUUUUUAGGCAAUAAUUCUGACAUUCUCCAGAGUUAGGCCAAUAUCA